GUUACCAGUACUCGUAUUAACUAUAACUACUGUACUGGUAAUAAGCAUAAACUGUAUUCAUAACAGUCUCAGAUAUCCAUGUAGUAAUCUGUACUCUGAAUCUCUGUUUCCCGAACAGAGACCCAGUAAAGGAAACCCAAAAUUAAUUUCUUUUCGAAAAACAACACAAUAAUCUUUUUUUCAUAAACACCAAUCAAUCUAUUAUCUUCACUUUUUCCUACCGCUUUCUCUCUCCUCAAUUCCCCUAUUUUUUUCUUUCUCUCUCCAUCUCCAUCUCUAUCUUUUCCUAGGAAUUUACAAUGGAAGGGGUUCUGGAGGAGCCUUUACCACCGGAUGAUCUUAGAUGCAAGAGAACCGACGGCCGUGAUUGGCGCUGCAAACGCCGUGUUGUCGACGGAAAAUCCUUCUGCCUCUCUCACAUCUACCGCGGCCAAAAGAAACGCACUCCCAAUCCUACUCCCACCCCCACUCCCAACCCUAAUCCCAAACCAAAACCAAAACCCAGGAUUCGGAUCCGCCUUCCAGUCAAACCCGAACCGGUAGACGAGUACGUUUUCAACCCGCCCCCACCUGAACCGGCUCCUCUGCCACCACCUGAACCGGCUUCUCUGCCACCACCUGAACUGGCUCCCCCGCCACCACCUGAACUGGCUCUCCCGCUACCAUCUGAACUGGGUCCCCCGACACUACUGGACCCGGUUAAUGCGACUCCGGGUCCGGUGCCGGACCACUUACGGUGUAAUAGAAAUGACGGGCGGAGCUGGCGGUGCAAGAAGCAGGUUUUGGAUGGGCAGACCCUCUGUGAGAUUCACUUCAAUAAGGCUAAGACCCAGAAUCUGAGAAGGCCUGCAAUGCGGAAGAAGAAUAAGGAGAAGGAGGAGAAAGAAAUUGUGCCGGUGGUGAAGAAACAGGGGAAUUGUAAAAUGAAAGUGGUAAAAAGUAAUAAGAGAAAAAAUGUGGGUGGGGCUGUGGUGACAGUUGCAGUCCCGGAGAGUUUACGGUGUACGCAAAACGACGGCGGUGAGUGGCGGUGUAAGAGUAAGGUGGUGGAAGGGCAGAAUCUCUGUGAGGAGCAUUUUAUGGGGAUUAAAAUUAGUGAUGUGGUUGGGGAGGAGAAGAAGAACAAGAAGACUACUAAGACUACUAAGAGGAAGAAGGGAGCUAAGAAUGAUUGUUUGGGAAGAGGGGCGGAGGAAGGUGCCAAGGUUGUGAUCAAAGUGGAGCAGCAGGAUGAGGUGGUGGCUGAGGAGGGGGUGGUGGUGGAGAAAGAGAAUUCAAAGCGAAUGGCGGCGGUGGUGGAAGCAGCGGUGGAGGAGGUGAGGUGUAAGAGGACGGAUGGGCGGGGGUGGUGGUGUAAGAGGAUGGCAUUAGAAGGGAAGACAUUGUGUGAAAUACAUCAUGAGCAAGGGAGGUUACGGCAGAUGAAGAUUACAGUUCCUGAAGAAUUGAAGUUACAGAGGGGUGAUGGAGGGGAGAAAGCUGAGAAAAAGUUGAAGAGAAAGAGGGAAUUAGAGAUUCUGGAGAACAAUUCAGAUAAAGGGAUGAAGAGAAUGAAGGCGGAAUUGAUUCGAGUGUUCUUGAGAAGGGAGAUUCUUGAGAGUACAAAGAAGAGUGAAAAACGGCCUGGGGAUUCAGGGGAAGUUACAAGGGAUUUGCCUUUUGGGUUAAUGGCAAUCCCUCCUGCUCCUGCAACACAAUUUCUUGACAAUGCUGACUCUUUGGGGAUCAAAAUUGGGGCUCAUUGUUCGAAUUCUUUAGUUACUAGGCGUUUUCGGUCCAAGAACAUUGAGCCCCCUCCUAUUGGCACUUUGAAGGUUGUGCCUUAUCCUGGCAAAGUUGAGAAAGUAAGGAAUAGUGGAAGGAAGAAAUGCCAUUGGUGUCGGAAGUUUGAUAAGUUGUGUUUAAUCAAGUGUUCGAGCUGUAAGAAGCGGUACUUUUGUUCUAAUUGCAUAAAAGAGAGGUCUGCUGAUACAGAAGAAGUGAAAUUGAAAUGCCCAGUUUGUCAUGGAAGUUGCGAUUGCAAGGCCUGUUGUACUACUCAAUCAAAAGACAUGGGUGCCAAGGAGGUCAUGAAGGUAAAAUGUAAGCGAAGCAAAUUCCAACACUUACAGUACUUGGUCAAUUUCCUUCUUCCAAUUCUUGUAAAAAUCAACCAGGAGCAGAGCGUUGAAGUGGAGAUGGAGGCGAAAUUCAAAGGGCAGAACUUUUCUGAUGUUGAGAUUCGACAAGCUGAUGUUGGCUGCAGGGAUCAAUGCUGCUGUAAUAACUGCAAAAGCCCAAUAUUGGAUAUUCACAGAAGCUGCCCUAAUUGUUCAUACAACCUUUGCUUCAGUUGCUGUCAAGAAUACUCUCAGGGUGGGUCUCUUGGGGGUACAUACCCUAACAGAACGAAAACAUUUUCUCCUCGUUUGAAGAACUGCGUAGACAAUAACGCUGACCCUGCUUCUUCUUCCCCUUCACUGGACUCAGCAUCUCGUCUCCAUAUAUCAUGUCCACCUAUGGAGCUUGGUGGUUGUGAUAAUAGCCUCCUUGAUUUGAGAUGUAUUUUCCCAUUAAAUUGGACCAAAGAACUGGAAAUUAGUGCAAAAGAAACGGCUUCUGAACAUGACUUCCUACAAUAUAUAAAUGAUAAUGUGGGUUGUUCAUCAUGUGUCGGCAUCUCUCAGGCAAAUGAUAAAAGUAAAGAAUUGCAAGCAGCUUUUAGAUUGAAAGAGCCUGAUGACAACUUCCUUUACUGUCCUAGUACUUCUGAUGAUCACGAUUGUGUGCUUUCUCGCUUCCAGAAACAUUGGCAAAAGGGACAACCUAUAAAGGUCCGAAAUGUGCUUCAGAGUGUAUGGGCCUUAAGUUGGGACCCGCUAGCUAUGUUUUGUGGUUAUCUAGAAAAUGACUUUAGUAAUUGUAAAACCUCGAAAGAUGCUAUUGAAGCUGUGAGUUGCUCAGACUCAUAUGAUGUUGAAAUUUGUAUGAGGGAGUUGUUCAGCGGAUCCACAGGGGAGGGAUAUAUGCACAUACGUCGUGAAACACUUAAAGUGAAAGCAAGGAUUUCUUCAGCUUUUUCCCGGAAACUGUUGGACGGGUAUUAUAGUGAGAUUAUUCAUGCCCUACCCCUUCAAGAAUACACGAACCCUAGAAUGGGCCUCCUGAAUAUUGCUGGGAAGCUACCAGAGGAUUUUCCGGAUACUAAACUUGGUCCACAUGUAUGCAUCUCAUGUGGGAGCAGGGAGGAAGUUGCACGGGGUGAAUUGAUGACUAAACUGAGCUGUAACUCUUAUGAUAUGGUGAACAUCUUAGUUCAUGUGGGUGAUGCACCAUGUUCCACAGAGCAGCUCAAUAAGAUUAAGAAGUUAACAAAACGAAAUAGUAACAAAAAGGACAACGAUGCUUCUAAUAAAGAUGUGGAAGAUGAAGAGACAAGAGUAACAAAUGGUGAGAUUUCAGUUGAAGCAGAAGAGCUACAUAGAAUAACGGGUGCUUCUUUUUGCUCAGCAGCCACAAUUGGUGUUUCUGCUGUCAAUAAUCUCACGGAUAAUAAAUCUUCACCUCCCAAACUAGUUAACAGUUCUGAUACUGAUUCUGAUGCUUCGAUGAUUUGCUCCAGGACUAGUCAUAGUCCCGACAAAGCAGUAAGUCAAAUUCCUUAUCUGGAUCGUUUGGGGGAUCCCAUUGUUGCAGACCAACAAACUCCUCCGGGGCCUUGUGGGGCCCAGUGGGAUAUUUUCCGGCGGGAAGACAUUCCAAAGCUCCUGGAGUACAUUAACAAGCACGUAGAUGAAUUAAGGUUCACUUCAGAUAAUGUUGUACAUCCAAUUUUUGAUGGAAGUUUCUAUCUUGAUGCAGCUCAUAAACUUCAGCUCAAAGAAGAGUUUGAGAUUGAACCCUGGACCUUCAAGCAAUGCCUUGGAGAAGCUGUGUUUAUUCCUGUUGGAUGUCCAUAUCAAAUAAGAAACGUCAAGUCCUGUGUCAACAUUGCCGUCGGCUUCAUUUCACCUGAAAACGCAUCAGAAUGCGUCAAGUUGACCAAAGAAAUCCGUGUUCUUCCCAAUAAUCACAGGGCGAAAAAAGUGAAGUUAGAGGUGGAAAAAAUGACAAUAUGCAGCAUAGAUGAAGCAAUAAAGGAAAUAUACAGACUACGGAGUGAAGAAGGAAACCGGUGAUGUCAAUAAUAAAAACGAGGUAGAAGUAGGUGGGAAAGCAAAGGGAUGAAGGUAGUGUUAUUUUUGUUCCCUUGGCUGCCCUUUUGUUGUGUAGGAUUAGGAGUAGGUUUUUGGUAAUUAGGUUAUUGAUCUGAUGAUAACAAGCAGUAGUAGUACCUUGUUAUUUGAGGCACUGUUAUUAGCCUGCUUGUUGUUUCUGCAGGUUCUAUUGAAAAUCUUGAGAACUGCUUUUUGCAGGAUGUAUCAUUCUUCUUGGUAGUGUAAAUAAUCUCUAGGUGUUCA